CCACGCCCUCCUCUUAUAUAGCUCCCACAGCAGCGCUGACUGGAGGCAGACCACGAAGAUUUCUGAAGAGCAAAUCAGCCACGUCCCAGCUUGUCAGAACUACAGAGAAACAGAUUGUAAUCAUGAGUGAGAUCACCAAGAAUUCCUUGAAGAAAAUUCUUCCACAGUUGAAGUGCCAUUUCACCUGGAACUUAUUCAAGGAAGAAAGUGCCUCAGGUUAUCUAGAAGACAGAGUGUGUAAUCAGAUUGAAUUUCUAAAUGCUGAGUUCAAAGCUACAAUGUACAAUUUGCUUGCCUACAUUAAACACCUGGAUGGUCAAAACGAGGCAGCUCUGGAAUACCUUCAGAAAGCUGAAGAGGCAAUCCAGGAAAAUCACGAUGACCAAACAGAGAUCAGAAGUCUGGUCACCUGGGGAAACUAUGCCUGGAUCUACUAUCACAUGGACCAACCUGAAAUUGCUCAGACUUAUGUGAACAAGGUGAAAGACAUCUGCACAAAGCUUUCAAAUCCUUACAGCAUUGAGUGUCCUGAACUUGACUGCGAGGAAGGAUGGACACGACUACAAUGUGGAAGAAAUGAGAGAGCAAAGUGGUGUUUUCAGAAGGCUCUGGAAGAGAAACCCAACCACCCAGAAUCCUCCACCGGACUGGCAAUUGCAAUGUACCAUCUGGAUAAGAAACCAGAGAAGAACUUCUCUGUCAAUGCUCUGAAGCAGGCCAUUGACCUGAAUACCAAGAACCAGUAUCUCAAAGUUCUGUUGGCCCUGAAACUGCAGGAGAUGAAUGAAAAAAAUGAAGCAGAGAAAUUGGUUGAUGAGGCCUUGGAGAAGGCCCCUUACCAAACAGAUGUCCUACAUAAGGCAGCCUAUUUUUAUGAGAAAAAAGGUAAUCUAGACAAAGCUAUUGAACUGUUUCUAAGGGCACUGGAAUCCACACCAAACAAUAGGUAUCUCUAUUACCAUAUUAUGUGCUGCUAUAAAGAAAUGGUCACACAGAUGCAGAAUAUAGAAAAAUCCAAAGUCAGUGAAUAUAGACAGAAGAUUGAGGAACUAAGGAAACUGGCUAAAGACCAUAUGGAUAAAGUUCUUGAGAAGGAGCCAGGUCCUCUGGGUGUACCCUCUGAUCUCAAGAAGUACCUGGAAGCAGAAAAAUGUUAUCAGAAGGUAUUCUGUAAGGAGAUCCCGGAGGCUGAGAGGGAACAUCUUCAAUCACACUGUUGCAGCCUUCAGGAGUAUCAGGGUAAGUCUGAAGACAUUUCUGCUGUCCAAACUGGUUUAGAGAGUUUUCACCUAAGCAAAAAAUCAACUGAGAAGGAAGAGAUGAAACAUCCGUCACAGAACACAGCUGAGAGUCUGCUUCAACAAAAUGCACCAAAUUCUUGGUAUCUCCAAGGAUUAAAUCACAAGCAGCAAGGAGAUCUGCAGCAGGCAGCCAAAUGUUAUGAGAAGGAACUGGGACACCUUCUAAGGGAUGCUCCGUCAGGCAUCGGCCGAGUGUUCCUGUCAGAAUCUGAGUCUGAAGAUGACAGUGAAGAAAUGUUCCAGGGUGCAGGCAGUUCCUCUCCCAGAGAGCAUCCCGACUCCUGAACUGAGGCGGGAAGAAGAAGAGAAGCAGCAUCAGAAGGUCUGGAAGAUGUCUGGAAGGGAGCAGAAGCCUGGGAAGGCGGGGUGGGGGCGGGACAGGGGCGGGGCAGAGGGCGUGGCAGGCACCUUGGGCAGCUGAGCUGGCAGAUCUUGCUUAUCGCUUUCAAGUACAUUUUUGAAGAGUUGUUUUCUCCUGUUCUGUCUCUGCUGUCCAUUCCAGCCCCACAGUUAUCUGGUCAGAGCACCGCCUUUUGACUAAUCACUGAUGGAAGCAGAACUUCGGCCUAUGUGAUACUGAUUCAUUUUCAAUUUGUGACUCAGUUUGCUAUGUAAUUCCCAUUUCUGCCCUUCUUGCCAACGGUAACAUGUGGUGACUGCCUACCAACAAAAUCUGCAGUCUUCUUCCUUCACCCCAUUUCCCAUUCAACCUUCUGGGCCCAGAAGUUGAGUUUUUGACUAACCCUAAAAUAAUCCGUACAUCUUUCUCAGCUUUAGGCAUGUAUUUUGGUGUAUUCUUGGUAGUGAUACUAUGCUAAAGAGUGUUCUUGAUAGUAAUGCUGCAAUAAA